AUGCCCUAUAGCAAACGAAACAUCCAAGGCGGGACGAAAGUGAAAACUGGUUGUGCAACCUGUAGAAUAAGGAGGAUCAAAUGCGACGAGAACAAGCCAUUUUGUCGAAAAUGCGUCAACACUGGUCGCACGUGCGACGGCUACGAGUCUCGCUUUAGACUGGUCACCAGCCAGCCCAUCAAUAACACUCAUGUUGAAGGCAUCAAGUCAGAUGCUGGGAUCCGACCGGCCUCGACUGAGAUCAAAUCUCAGGACAUCCACCUCCUCGGCCGUUACUUCUCAACCAAAACCAUGUUUGACGUGACGUUGGGCUGCGACGAAGAAGCUAGGCAAAUCCUCCAGGCCAGUCUGACUGAUGCGCGUAUACGACACGCAGUCUCGUCUCUCAGAGCUCUUCGGGAGGGCAUCGAGACGUCCGGAGACCUUACCUCGUCGGUGGCGCAUAAUACCCCGAGCUAUGAUUAUGGUCUCCGGCAAUACUGCAUGGCUUUGGGUGGUCUUGCGUCUAUCUUGUCGUCUCCAAGCCCCAGCGGGGUGAAUUCAGCAUUACUUUGCUGUCAGAUGUUCAUCAGCAUCGAACAAGCGCGAGGAAAUUACGCCGCCAUGGCGGAGCAUAUCAUUGGAGGACUUGGGAUCAUGCGCGAGUACCGUGCAAGGCCAGAUUUCGUUGCCGAUAAUAAAUUGGUGCCUGCACUUCAUUGCCAACUACCCUUGCUGGAUGUUUUCAUCAUCAAGGUGUUUGCUGCGCCGUGUAAAUUCGCAGAUCCUCCAGCUGCAGCCGUGCCCGUGUGUGUGGACUCGCUUGCUCAACAGCCUGUUGAAUCUUGCCCUUUUCGCACAAUUGCGCCUGACAUGCGAGCAGAGCUUACAAUGAUAGCUGAAUCCAUCGUUGAAUUUCUCGGCAAAGUGUCGCGCGUCGAAUCUGCAGGAAAUGCCCUUGGACUACUAUCCGAGAAAGCAGAUCUUGUGGACUCGUUAGAAUCAUGGCUCAAUCAUCUUGAGCUUGUUCAGGCGGAGAUCAGACCCCCUGGUCCUGAGCUUCUUUCAGUGACUUUCAUGCGUUUCUUCUACUUGGUACUGAAAGUCGUUCUCUUGGGGGCGCUGGGCUCCUCCCCGGAUCUUUGUGUCGUGCUACAGACCGAGAACAAACGGCUGCUGGACGUAGCCAGUAAUUUGAGUGAAAGAGUAAAGACCUAUAAAAUGUGCACUGGGACUAGAAGUAGUUGA